AUGCAGACCCAGAUACCAACCAGCCACAGACCUCAACUCAUUCCUGCAUGGUGGUCUGGACGCAGUCUCGCGUUUUCACCUGACCGAAAGGCCUCCAAGACUGUUUUCGCAGCCAUGAGUCGGUGGGAACAUGGCAUACCACCAGCAAGUCAGCCAUGGGCUAAUAAAGACAUCAUCUACGUGUCGAUUCUUGGGCCGGUAAUGCUCGCUGCCUUUCUCGAGUGGUUUCUGUGGCUUGCUGCUUUCUGCUACUGUCUUGGCAAGGCGUAUACGAAAUCGCAACAUUGGUCAGAAAAAGUUCUGGCUGUGAUCAUGAUCGUUUCCUUUAUAGCGAUGAGAGGCAUAUUUCUCCCAGUUAUGGUCGUGACUCUUCCUCUACCCGCGGUAAUCACGCAGUAUUUCCCUGAGACCAUGGUCCAGUUCCUGCAAUGGUUCGCUUUCUGGACAUUCGCCCUGCUGCUGAUUGUACCAUGGUUAUUUUGUGUUUACCGUCUAGCAACAAGUUCUUUAGGCCGCACUCGCCAGAUCAAAUACCUUCUCAACGAGCAAAUCGCACCCAAGACCGUCGUUGUCAUGCCCGUUUACAAGGAAAACCCCGAAGUCCUCCUCACUGCAAUCAAUUCGGUCGUCAGCUGCGAUUAUCCGGCGUCUUGCAUCCACGUCUUUCUUUCCUUUGACGGCGACGAAGUUGACGAGCUCUACCUCGCGACGAUAGACAAACUUGGCAUACCGGUAACGUUGAAGGAGUUUCCACCAUCUAUUGAUGUAUCGUAUAACGGAGCACGAAUCACGGUCUCGCGUUUUCCUCAUGGUGGGAAAAGGAAGUGUCAGAAGGCAACAUUUCAGCUCAUCGACAAGAUAUAUGAGAAAUACCUGCAGCGCAAGGACGACCUUUUCAUCCUCUUUAUCGACUCAGACUGCAUCCUUGACAAAGUCUGCGUCCAGAACUUCAUGUAUGAAAUGGAGCUAAAACCAGGGAGCAAGAGGAACAUGCUUGCUAUGACUGGGGUUAUCACAUCAACCACUGAAAAGCAGUCCCUGAUCACACUUCUUCAGGACAUGGAAUACAUACAUGGCCAAUUGUUCGAACGUUCUGUCGAGUCUGGCUGCGGUUCAGUCACCUGUUUACCAGGAGCACUCACGAUCCUUCGCUUCUCGGGAUUCAGGAAAAUGGCCAAAUACUACUUCGCCCCCAAGGCUGAGCAGUGCGACGAUUUAUUCGACUAUGGCAAAUGUCAUCUCGGUGAAGACCGUUGGUUGACCCAUUUGUUCAUGGUUGCGGCAAAAGAACGAUACCAGAUUCAGAUGUGUACAAGCGCGUUUUGCAAGACCGAAGCAGUACAAACCUUCAUAUCUCUGCUCAAACAACGUCGACGAUGGUUUCUUGGUUUCAUUACCAACGAAGUCUGUAUGUUGACAGAUGUGCGGCUGUGGAAGAGAUAUCCCUUGCUGUGUCUGGUUCGUUUCAUGCAGAAUACCAUCAGAACCACGGCGUUGCUGUUCUUCAUCAUGGUCAUAUCCAUCAUCACUACAUCGAACAGGAUCCAGAACCUACCUGUUGGUUUCAUUGCAGUAUCGCUUGGGCUGAACUAUUUGCUGAUGUUGUAUUUUGGAGCCAAAAUUCGUCGCUACAAAGCCUGGUUAUAUCCUAUCAUGUUUAUCCUAAAUCCUUUCUUCAACUGGAUAUACAUGGUGUAUGGUAUCUUCACUGCAGGUCAACGGACCUGGGGUGGGCCUCGAGCAGAUGCUGGUGCAGCUGACUCCCAGACGACACCGCAACAAGCUAUCGAAAUCGCCGAGGCAACAGGAGAUGAAUUGAAUGUGAUACCUGAGACCUUCAAACCGGCGAUCGAGGCCAGGCAUCCAGGUCGGCCUAAAGCCACUGCUCUGCAACCCUCAGCGGCGCUGGAAGAGGUGUUUGUUUCAUUAGAAAAGCCGUCCGAGGAAUGGUACAACCACCCAGAAGGCUCACAAAUCUCUAUGCCAGAGCUUGCGCAUAAUCCGCAACAUGCAAGACGUCUCAGACCAGUCUCUUUUGACUCUGCAGGAUCCUCGGACUAUUCAAUCACAAUGCCUCGUCGUCUAGCAAGCAUGCUUGAAGAAGAAGGAAGACACAACAGAAGAAGUGAUGAGUCAAAUGGGCGCAAUUCAACAAACGAAGGAUCAAGCCGGAGAGAUACCUUGAGACAUUCUAGUGAGCGUGGCCUGCUACAAGCACCUGAAAAUAUUCAUACUCGAAACUACUCUCCUUUGCCACACACCACAACAUUCUUCAACCGCGAUCGUGCCGGCCGGCCUCACGUCGAACCAUUCUACACAGUCUCGAUCACCGCAGUCGCAAUGAGCGUCGUGGGUAUAGAUCUGGGUGCGCAAAGCACCAAAAUUGGUGUUGCGCGGAACAAGGGCAUAGAUAUCAUAACAAAUGAAGUGUCCAAUCGCCAAACCCCAUCUCUUGUUGGCUUCGGGCCCAAGAGCAGAUACCUUGGGGAAGCAGCGAAAACACAGGAAAUCUCAAACCUCAAAAACACCGUCGGAUCUCUGAAGCGCCUUGUUGGUAGAACACUCAACGACCCAGACACGCAGAGUGAGCAAGAUUAUGUUACGGCACCUCUGAUCGAUCUCAAUGGCCAGGUUGGAGUAGAAGUGUCGUACCUGGGCAAGAAGGAACAAUUUACCGCAGUCCAACUCCUUGCUAUGUUCUUGAGCAAGAUCAAAGUCACUGCAGGCGCGGAGCUCAAGUUACCCGUUUCAGAUGUCGUGAUCAGCUGCCCUCCGUGGUUUACCGACAUCCAGAGGCGAGCUAUGCUGGAUGCAGCUGAAAUUGCUGGACUGAAACUUCUUCGACUGAUCAACGACACCACUGCGAUUGCUCUUGGUUACGGUAUCACAAAGUCUGAUCUACCGGAGGGAGAUCAGAAGCCACGACGCGUGGCCUUCGUUGAUAUUGGUCACAGUGAUUACACAUGUUCCAUCGUUGAGUUCAAAAAGGGCGAGCUGGCAGUCAAAUCAACCACCUAUGACCGACAUUUUGGCGGGCGUAAUUUCGACAAAGCUUUGGUGGACCAUUUUGCCGCAGAGUUCAAGAACAAUUACAAGAUCGACAUCAAAACGAACCCAAAGGCGUUGACGAGAGUUGCAACUGCGGCCGAGAAACUAAAGAAGAUCCUGUCCGCAAAUGCCUCGGCGCCUCUCAACAUCGAGUCUUUGAUGGACGACAAAGACGUCCGAGCAUUCUUGAAGCGUGAAGAAUUGGAGGAGCUCGUUAAGCCUUUGCUUGACAGAGCGACUGUACCACUCGAACAGGCUCUGGCAGAGGCUAAACUUAAAGUUGAAGAUAUCGAUGCGGUAGAAAUGGUUGGAGGCUGUACACGUGUUCCAUCCUUGAAAGACAGGAUCAGCAAGUUCUUUGGCAAGAGCUUGUCUUUCACAUUGAACCAAGAUGAAGCCAUUGCGAGAGGAUGCGCUUUCAGCUGCGCCAUUCUCUCUCCCGUCUUCCGUGUCCGCGAUUUCUCAGUGCACGAUAUUGUCAGCUAUCCCAUCGAGUUUACUUGGGAGCAAUCACCCGAUAUCCCAGAUGAGGACACUAGCCUUACUGUCUUCAACAAAGGCAAUGUUAUGCCUUCCACCAAGAUCCUUACAUUCUAUCGAAAGCAGCCCUUCGACCUUGAGGCCAGAUAUGCCAAGCCAGAAAUUUUACCAGGCAAGAUGAACCCAUGGAUUGGCCGAUUCUCUGUGAAAGGGGUGAAAGCUGAUUCAAAAGAUGACUUCAUGAUCUGCAAGCUCAAAGCAAGGCUGAACUUACAUGGUGUUCUCAAUGUCGAGUCGGGUUACUACGUCGAGGACGUGGAGAUUGAAGAGCCCAUCCCCGAAGAAAAGGAUAGCGAGAAGAAGAAAGAUGGUGACGCCAUGGACACAGAUGCCAAUGGCAGUGCAGAGCCUAAACCUAAGAUGCGCAAGAUCAAGAAGCAAGUCCGGAAAGGAGAUCUACCACUCGCUGCUGGGACAGCUUCUCUUGAUCAAUCCACAAAGGAUGCGUUGAUGGAAAAGGAGAACUCAAUGUUCAUGGAAGACAAGCUAGUUGCGGAUACAGAAGACAAGAAGAACGAGCUUGAAUCAUUCAUUUACGAGUUGAGAGGCAAGAUCGACGAUCAAUACUCCGAAUUUGCCAGUGACGAGGAGAAGGAGAAGGUCCGGUCGAAACUCGAGCAAAGCGAAGACUGGCUCUACGAAGACGGUGAAGACGCCACCAAAGCUGCCUACAUCGCUAAGAUGGAUGAAAUUCGGUUCGUCGCCGGCCCCAUUAUUCAGCGUUACCAAGACAAGAUUGAGGCCGAACGACAGGCCAUCCUCAAAGCACAAGAGGAAGCCGCGGCGAAGAAACGCGCUGAAGCUGAGGCCAAGAAGGCGGCCGAGGACGCCAAGAAGGCUGCUGCCGAGCCAAAGAAGCAGCCUGAGGAUACGGAGAUGAAGGAUGCAGACGGUGAGGCGGUCAAGCCAGACAGUGUGGAGGAGCCGGUGGAUGAGAAGAAGUGA